AUGCAGCACCUCGGCAGUAAAUCCAAAGCCAUAUGGCCCAAAGUUGUAUUCUCAGGGAUACAACCCACCGGCAUUCCGCACCUUGGCAACUAUGUUGGCGCGCUACGACAAUGGGCGCAACUGCAGGAUCAGGAACCCGAAGACACAAAAUUGAUAUAUUCAAUUGUCGACCUCCACGCCAUCACCACGCCCCAACAGCCAGAGAAACUGAAACAGUGGAAGAGAGAAAGUCUUGCCGCACUAUUAGCAAUUGGAAUUGACCCGGAACGGUCCACUCUUUUCUACCAGUCUUCCGUACCUGCCCACUCUGAGCUGAUGUGGAUUCUGUCCUGCACGGCGUCUGUUGGAUAUCUCUCUCGGAUGACACAAUGGAAGCAAAAGCUCAACAUCGCCCCAGCCUCACACAUAGAAGACCGACCGGCUGAGAACCGGUUAAAGGUUGGCUUGUUCGCCUAUCCAAUACUCCAAGCUGCGGAUAUUCUUGUUCAUAGAGCCACACACGUCCCCGUUGGCCAUGACCAGCAACAGCAUCUAGAAUUUGCCAGGGAAUGCGUCACCAACUUUAAUCACGCAUAUGGAGAAACGUUCGUCCACCCCCAGACUAUCACACCACCGGUGCAUCGAGUCAUGUCUCUUUCAGACCCAACAUCGAAAAUGUCCAAGUCACACAAACUGCAGCGGUCACGUAUUCUGAUUACGGACACCGCCGAGGAGAUUCGCCUCAAAAUUUCCUCGGCGCUCACUGACUCUACCCAAGGAAUUUCUUAUGAUCCUCCUCUGCGGCCUGGUGUAUCAAAUCUCCUGAGUAUUUUAUCAAUAUUUGACAAUGAGAAACGAACACCGGAGCAGCUAGCCCAAGUAUAUCGUGACACCCAUCCUCGCAUAUUCAAGGAUAUGGUGUCAGAUGCGAUAAUUCUAGGGCUGCAGGGAGUUGGAGCUCGGUAUAAAGAACUCAUAGACAAUAAGAACAAAUAUCUGGAUCAAGUGGAGGAUGCUGGAGCGCGAAAAGCACGACAAAACGCCGAGGAAACAAUGGGCUUGGUGAAGGCCGCUGUUGGUUUAUGA